GAGCCGCAGGAUCCGAUUGGCUGUCCGUCAAGACACGGGACGAUCCUCUACCCAAAUUAAGGCCAUUACUGGUGCUGAUUGCAGCCCAGUAACCAUCAGAUCAUCUGUGAGAGAAGGGCUUCAGAAACAAAAAACSUCUUCAAAGGCCACGUCUUCUUCAACGCCACAAAACUGCCCGUUUGGACUUUGCAAGGGUGCACCAAACAUGGGACAUUGAAAGGUGGAAGAAAGUUGUCUUCUCUGAUGAGAAAAAAUUUCACCUUGAUGGUCCUGAUGGCUUCCAACACCAAACAGAAAUGUUAUGAUGCUGUUGUAAAAUGACAAUUUGAAAACUAUUUGCCAGCAGAUGUUCAGUUURUUUUACAGAUAAUAUUUCUGAUUCUGUGACGUCCGGAGAGCAGAAACUAUCUGCACUUCCACAACAGUCCAGUCUUACUGUGUUCUAUGUCUUUACACAUGAAGUCCUUACAUUAUUAUUACAUAUUUCAGCGGCAGAAAUAUUGAUAAUGUUUAGGGAGCACACUGGUGGGAGGUCUGGUGGUCCUCCCCCAGAAUAUUUUGAAUGAAGUAGAUGCCAUUUCCUGCAUUCUGGUGUAUUUUAACAGGUUAAACAGACCUUUACCUACAUUAGUAAACACUUGGUGUGAGUAUUAUAUACCAUAUGGGGUGGCCAUCACUUUUAAUGUCCAGUGGAUUGAGAGCCUUCUUUUGGAUCCAAAGAGGAUUGUUUCUGUCUUUCCGAGAUGAGGAGAUAGCUUGUUGUCUGUAAGCCAUUUGUGGAUUUGGAUAGAGUGAAGUUCUGAUGUUAGGCUUUGCUGAAUGUCUUAUUUACCAGCUGCUAGGAGAGCCGAGUCAUCUGCAUAUAAUAGCAGCUUGCAGUUUACAGCGGCAGACGUUUCAUUAACAUAUAUGAGGAAUAGUAACGGUCCGAGAAUGGAACCCUGUGGGACUCCGCAUAUCACUUUUGUUGUAGUGGAUGUUACGCCUCCGAUUUCUACAUACUGCUGUUAUAUAGGUAGUCCUUGAACCAGUUUACAGCUGGUUUCUGGAGCCCCAGAGCUUCCAAUUUACAUAAGAGAAUACUGUGAUCCACUGUGUCAAAGGCCUUUUGUAAGUCAAGAAGGACCAUACCUGUGAGGUUGCCUUUAUCUUGCUCUGACUUGAUAAAAUUAGUGAGGUAAAUWAAGCAUGUGUCUGUAGASUGAGAGGRUCUGAAACCUUGGAGCUUGUAUAAAAGUUUGUGGUCUGUGAGAUAUUGGUUGAGUUGCUCAUGGACAGUUUUCUCAAUCAGUUUGCUGACAACGAAUUGAGACGGGAUGAUAGUUGCUAACCUCGGUUUUACUGCUCUUUUUGUGAAUAGGGGUAAUUUUAGCAUAUUUAAGUUUGGAAGGGAUACUACCUGUUGACAGAGACAAAUUUAUAAUGUGUUAGUAGGGAGGUGAGGUACAUGGUGGCKCCAUCUUUAAUGAAUCUGGUGGGGUAUUUGGUCUGGUCCAGUUGCCUUGUUUGGAUUUAGAUUGUGAAGGUUUUUGAGGACAGUGUCCUCUGUUACGUGUUUGAAUACAAAGGAAGUACCUGAGUUUAUCCAUUUGCUGUAGAAUUGCUUUAUGUAGGUCGGGACAAACCUCCCACUUCCCAUGGGUAAUUUUUUUAGUAGYGAGGAAGCAACAUUGUAGAAGUACCAGUUAAAGUUUUCAGCCACCCUUUUUAUUAUUUGAUUUCUGAGCUUUGUUUCCACAGACAAGCAGACCCACGGGCUCAGGAUGCUUUGUGAGGAUGACGGCUGCACGCCGGAGGAGGGUGGACCCGAGGCAGACCUGCAGCAGCCGCUCAUUCUGGAAAGAGUCGAGAAGGAACCGGCGAAGAAAUGGCAAACAGUUGUGUCGAGUCGUUUGAAGAAGCAUUGCUCAUGCACCACAAGGAAGGUGAAAUCCAGAAUCCUGGGCUUUGUUCCCAUUCUCAAAUGGCUGCCACACUACAAAGUCAGGGACUGGAUCCUGGGGGAUGUUAUGUCCGGACUUAUUGUCGGGAUCCUCUUGGUCCCGCAGUCCAUAGCGUACUCCCUGUUGGCGAGCCAAGACCCCAUAUAUGGUCUCUACACGUCUUUCUUCUCGUCCAUCAUUUACACCCUCCUGGGCACUUCCAGACACAUCUCAGUGGGGAUUUUUGGAGUCCUCUGCCUGCUUGUGGGUCAGGUUGUGGAUAGGGAGUUGGCUCUAGCAGGAUACCUCUCAGAAAGCAGCAGCAUGGGUAGUAACAGCAGCGACGUCCUGCUGGCCGCUCUGGGGAACAGCAGUGACGUUGAGUGUGACCGAAGCUGCUACGCCAUCGCUGUGGGAACAACGCUUACCUUUACUGCCGGGGUUUACCAGGUGUUGAUGGGCCUUUUUCAGGUAGGCUUCGUCUCCGUCUACCUCUCAGACUCCCUCCUCAGUGGCUUUGCAACAGGCGCCUCCCUGACCAUCCUCACGUCCCAGUUCAAGUACCUUCUGGGCCUGAAGAUUCCCCGGCCCCAGGGCUGGUUCACCCUGUUCAAGACCUGGUAUGGAAUCUUCGCCAACAUCGGGAAAACCAACGUUUGUGACCUCGUCACCAGCUUGGUGUGUUUGGCAGGACUGAUUCCUGCAAAGGAGUUAAAUGAUCGCUUCAAAACCAAACUAAAGGCUCCAAUCCCAUUCGAGCUGUUUGUGGUGAUCAUUGCAACACUYGCGUCUCACUUCGGUCACUUCAACAGUGAGUACGGUUCAGGGGUGGCUGGAAAUAUCCCUACGGGCUUCCUCCCUCCUCAGACGCCUUCGUGGACCCUGAUCCCCAACGUGGCCGUCGACGCCUUCUCCAUAGCCAUCGUGGGCUUUGCCAUCACGGUGUCGCUGUCGGAGAUGUUCGCCAAGAAGCACGGCUACUCGGUGGACGCCAACCAGGAGAUGUACGCCAUCGGUUUCUGCAACAUCCUGCCGUCGUUCUUCCGCUGCUUCACCACCAGCGCCGCCCUGACCAAGACCCUCGUCAAGGAGUCGACGGGUUGCCAGACCCAGGUGUCCGGGCUGGUCAGUGCUCUGGUCCUGCUGCUGGUGCUUCUGGUUAUCGCACCGCUCUUUUACUCCCUUCAAAAGUGUGUUUUAGCCGUCAUCAUCGUGGUGAACCUGCGCGGAGCUCUACGAAAGUUCCUGGAUGUUCCCCGCAUGUGGCGCGCCAAUCGGAUCGACGCCUCCAUCUGGUUGGUGACCAUGGCCACGUCGGCGCUGGUCAACACCGAGCUUGGGUUGCUAGUCGGGGUCCUGGUUUCGGCCUUCUGCAUCCUGGGCCGAACCCAGAAGGYCCAGGUCCUGGAGCUGGGCCGGGCCGGGACCAGGGAGCACUACGAGCACCUGUCGUCUUACCGCGGCCUCCGGACUCACCCCGAAGUGGCGGUUUUCAGGUACGAGGCGCCGAUCUACUACGCCAACCAGAGCUUGUUCAAGAAGUCUCUGUACAGAUGUGUGGGUCUGAACCCCGCCAGGGAGAAGGCCCAACGGUUGAAGAGCAGGAAAACCAAGCAGCAGGAGGCCGGAGGAGCAGCAGGGAUGAAACCAGGAGAGAAACAGAACGGUGUCGAGGCUGUCGUGGCCGUACCUUUGGUGCUCGAUGAGAAACCGUCGAGACGCGCUCGCAGCUUGGUGAUCGACUGCAGCGCCGUCUUGUUUCUGGACACGGCAGGCGUGAACGCUCUGAAGGAGGUGAGGAAAGACUACGGAGACCUUGGGGUUGACRUUAUCCUGGCGCAGUGCAAUACCUCAGUGCUGGACACUUUGGAAAAAGGGGGUUACUUUGACGGUGAAAAAGACGGCGAGGUGGGAAAGAACAAGCUGAUUUUCUUCACCAUCACAGAUGCUGUCCUCUACGUCCAAAGCCUCGGUGUCCCUAACGGAGACUGUGACAACAAAUCAAGCUUUGUAGCUAAAGUUCUGCUGUCAUCCCCGGUUUGUUGAAACCAGUGGACUCACCUGUUGAACCAGUUGGAUCAGUGACAGGUGAAUGUUUUCUUGACGUGAGGUUGAGAUUAUAGAUUAUUUUGUGCCUUUAGCGCUCGUGUAGGCUGGGAUAUUUAAACCGAAGGGCCAAAGAAAAGCAGCAGAGCUUGUUUCUUUUUAGUUUCUCUCCUGAUUAAAUCACAAAAUGUUUUGUCGUUUUUAGCUGAAACAAUUUCAGCAAUAUGUAUUUUAAUGAACUGAAAAUGUAAAAACAUGUUUUACAAACUGUCAGUGUAGUUACAAACUUUAAUUGUUCUUCCUGUUCUGAAAACAAAUAAAAUCACAGUUAGAAAAGACGAUGUUUUUAAGGCUCAGGUCUGGUUUUAUAUUUCUGUGCUGAAUAUUUAUUCCUUACAGACUUAAAGUCUCUUCAGUAAAAGAGGAUUCAACAAGGUUGAAUAUUUUUAUAUGUAGUUAUUAGGGCUGCAACGAUUCAGAAAAUUUACAAUUUGGUUUGAUACUUUAGUUUUUAGUGUUGUUAUCUCAUCGCAUAUUUAAAUAAAAAUAUUAAAACAAA